CUGCCGGCAGGGAGGGCGGCCCGCGUGUGCGCCGCUCGCGCCCCUCGCUCGCCCCCGGCCCCCGGCCCCCGGCCCCGGCGCGCCAACAGCCAUGGUGGGCCGGCUGAGCCUGCAGGAUGUGCCCGAACUCGUGGACACGAAGAAGAAGGGCGACGGCGUCCUGGACAGUCCGGACUCGGGGCUGCCCCCCAGCCCCAGCCCCAGUCACUGGGGGCUCGCGGCGGCCGGGGGCGGCGGCAGCGGCGGGGAGCGCGCGCCGGCCCCCGGGACGCUGGAGCCCGACGCGGCGGCGACCCCCGCGGCCCCGAAUCCAGCAUCUCUGCCCAGCCCCGUGGCCUUUGCCUGCUCGCCAAGGCUGUGCCCCCUGUCCUUUGGCGAAGGAGUGGAGUUUGACCCCUUACCACCAACGGAAGUAAGGUACACGUCGUCGGUCAAGUACGACUCCGAGCGGCACUUCAUCGAUAAUGUCCACCUGCCCCUGGGCCUGGCAGUGACCUCCUGCAGCCAGACGGUCACCUGCAUCCCCAACUGCACCUGGCGCAGCUACAAGGCAGAAGUGCGCUUCGAGCCCCGCCACAAGCCCACCCGCUUCCUCAGCACCACCAUCGUCUACCCCAAGUACCCCAAGACCGUCUAUACCACCACGCUGGAUUACAACUGCCGCAAGACACUGAGGAGGUUCCUGUCCAGCGUGGAGCUCGAAGCCUCAGAGCUCCUGGGCAGUGACGGCCUCUCGGAUGAGUGCUGACGGGAGCCCGGGCGGGCUGGGACUGGCUCUGCCGCUGCCCUCGCGUGCCGUUCGUGCUCCAGAGGGGUCUGGCCCCGCCAUACCUCUAAGCCCAGCCUGGGGAAGAAAACCAUGUCAUGGCCUCUUAUAAUCAUGGAGAGAAUUGGGUUUUUAAAAAUGUUCAAAUUGCUUUCCAAAGGCAUAUAUUUCUCGUUUGCUGCUGCGUGGCUUCCCCAGGGUCUCAAUUUGAUGAGCAAAUAGAAAGCCAGCUGGAGCAAAAGGAAAAUGGCCCCAUUUUGAGAUAGGGAGGGAGGAGAGAGCUCUUCUCCCGUGGGUCAGUUAGCCUGAGGAAGGGCGCAGAGAAAGUCUCUGGGAUGGAAAAAAUGAGUUCUGAGACCUUCCAGCCCCGGGUGUCUUCACUGACAGCGGUACUAGUUCCGUAAGCUGUGACAUCCUUGUGGGUCCAGUCUGUGGAGAGCUGAGUUUCAUUCCGUCGUUUAUUUCCCUUUGUGUUUCCUGUUCACCAAAAUUCUUGGAAUUCCCUAAAUCCUUUUCAUAUCAAAAAACCCCGAACCACACUAUAAGACGCCUUUUUAAAAAAAGAGAGAAAAAGUUCACACUGUUCUCCCCUCUCUUCAGGAGACUCAUGUCCACCAGGGGCUUCGGUUCUGGGUCCUUCCACCGGUUGGGUGCAAGCUUGGGCUCUGGCAAAACGCCUUGAACCCUUGGCAUCUGGUAAUGUCUCCACGGGCUUGUGUAACUCUCCUGAUAUGUGUUUUGGGGUUUCCAAAUACUUUCCUAUUUUUUUCAUAAGGCAGAACAUAGCCGAGGGCCCUUUUGAGAGUAACAGCAUCUUGAAAGAAUGCUUAAGGAAGCCACUUUUGGGGACCCCACAAGGGGGUUUUGCUCCACCCAGGACUGGCCGGCGUCUGGGAGAGGCAGAUGUGGAUGUUUCUGAUGACCUGCUCCAUCAGGAUGGGUGUCGCCUCCAGACAGCCCGGGUCAACUUGGACGGGCUCAACACCACAGAGGAAUUCUGCCCGCACCUUAAGUCUAAGCCAGAAAGCAAGAAAUUCGCCCCAACCCUCCCUCCAGGUAUAGGAGACGUGACUGCAGGAUAGGAAUUGAUGUCACGAGUCAAACUCCAAAACUUGGGCGCCGUUGGGAUGGUACACUUUUCUUGUCAGUGCUUACUGUAAUGUAGGAACAAUCAUGGCGUUAGGUGCGCGUGGAAGACACUUGCGAGCUCAGCUGAACCGGCCUCAGAGGCAGAAGGGGUCUGCCGGCUGUCUCUGGCCUCAGCCCCCUGCCCACCCUGCCUCCCCACCAGCCCAUGCUUCUUCCCCCUGCCAAUCCCUGAGGGUUUUGAGUGAAGACAGUGGCAGGUGGCUUUUGCUCUUCCAAUUUGGGGAGGAACAAUCCGUGAAUAUUUCCUUUGAAUACAUACAAAUUAGACCAUGUGCUGGAAGGUUAUAGAGUAUUGUGCCCGGAUUCCUGCUGUAUUUUGGGGUUUCUGUUGAUGGCUUCUGUGUGUCCUGAAAGCAGAAUUGAUAGCUCUCUGGGUACCCUGGAGCCACAGCAGGGACUUUUGUUCCGAGGAGAGCGGGUGUGAUGAUAAUCACUCUCACUUAAAAGUCAUUGGCAGCCUCUAGAGCCAAACUGUCUGGCGUCCUCUUCAGCUUUGGCAAUGUGUGGUCUUGUCAUGCCCCUAACAUUUGGACGCAGCCCUCAGUGGAUCCUGCGGGUGGGUCCGUGGUUCUGAGUUUGCCAUAGCAAAGCUUGGCGGGGACCUGUAAAGGGGGCACUCUGGGACUCCAUGACCUCCUUCGUCAUGCAGAGUGACAGAUGCUGUCUGGAGUAAAUUAUGUGGCUUUUCUUGAUAAAAAUGAAUUUUUUUUCUCUGAUUUCAUAAUCUUGGCAUUUAAGACAAGGGGUAAAUGUAAUUUUUAAAUAAUGUUAAGAGAGUUCGCAAGGCUUUGUCCUGGCCCAGUGGGGACACUUGAAUGAGCUCAGAACAAUAUUGUGGGCAGCGUGGCAGGAGAGACGUAUGGGAGAACAUGGCCUUUGCACACGGCAACGUUUUGAGAUGUCCAUAUGAGAUUUUUUUGUUUUGUUUUGGGGGGUUGGGUUAAGCUCGGGCAAAGCAUUCUAGGUGUGGAGAGAAUCUGAAAUAUAUCAGUAAAGUAAGUAGAAGUGAGCAAUUGUGAAUGUGUAAUGCGAAUGGAAAAGCAGGUUUUAUCUUAAGUUAUUCACUAGGGAACUAACUGUGGUUCUUUCUAAUCCUUUCUUUUUCUUCAAACCUGCUUUGCUGCAAGUUACAGGAAAGAAGCAUAAGAAGACGUAAUGGGACACUUCAGGGGGGGUCAAAUGACAUUGCUCUUGGUGGACCUGUGUUAGUCUACGAGGUAGAAGCAAUGAUUUUUAAAACUCAUUAAAAUCAACCAUUCCUGAGCAUAUCUGAGAGAUACAGUUUACUUAUUAAUUAAGAAGUCUUUUUUCUCAGUCGCCUAAAUGACAGCGUUCAUGUGAGAAGGAUCAGAGAAAAGUUGUUUUCUUUUCAAAGUCAGACCUUUUAAAAAAAAGAACGAUUACCUUUUCAUUUGACUCUUUUCCUGUUUCUAACCUUAGGAAAUCCAGAACUGCCUUUGACAAAAACUAUUUUUUAAAUUUAUCUUUGACAUCUGUCCCAUUCCAUUUUGCUUUGUGACUUCUUCAUUUAACAAUAAAUUGUCUUUAAAGAAACAAAA